AAAGAGAGAGAGAGAGAGAGAGAGAGAGAGCAGCAUCAUGGACAGAGGCGGAGAGAGAGAGGCGCUGGAGGAACCGGAGCGUGAGCGAGCGCAGUCCGCGCGGUACAGGAGAGAGACGCGCUCUGAGAACAGGAUCUAAAUGAAGCAUCAAGUUCUCUAACUUUACCUUUCUUCUUCUUGUCUCUCUCUCUCUCUGUCUUUUUCUUUCUUUCUGUCUCUCUCUCUCUCUCUGUCUGAUCUCACGCGAGAACAGAACACAACAGAACAUCCCCCGCUGCUCGGUCUCCUCGCGCGUGAAGCGCUGUUUGGAAGAGCGGCUCAGAUGGAGGAUGGAGUUCUGCAACUUCUUUCUUUCUCCUCCUCCUCCUCCUGUUUCUGCUCUUCUCUUCGUCUGAGCAGCGCGUGCACGCGUACAGGGGCAGCGUUGCUUCAGUCUGAAACGUCUCGCUGUGUUUGUUGUGGUGGUGGGCGCAGGCUGGCAGCAUGGGGGCACUGCUGCUGUGGCUCCUCAUGCAGAUGGAGCUUUUUCAGGGCUCCAGUUACGUCUACGUCUACGGGUACGGCUACGUGGACUGGGCAGAUGGAGAAAAUGCACGUGGGGACGCCGAAGCGGCUCAAAAGCCCACUGCACGUGCCACCAUCGUGCACCGCCUGGAGGAGGACGUGCCAAAGGUGGUGGCCGCCUUCCUGCACACGGGAGACUCGUCCACGUUGACCCAUGCCAACUGUUCACGGCGAUAUGAGCUGGGCGGAUUACGAACCUCCUCCUCUUCCUCUUCCUCCUCCGUGUCCCGUCACUCGCUGCGUCCCGCCGUGGAGGCCGUGGGACGAGCUGCCAGCCUGCUGAACGGCCUGCAGCCGCUGGGGGACGGGCAGCAGCAACGGGACGCGGUCUGGUUGGGCGCGUUGGUGCGCAGCAUGCUGGACGCGGACCCCAGGAUACACCGGGCGGCCUUGGCGCUCCAGGCUGAGCCCCGGCUGCUCCUGCAGGCGACCCGCAGCGGAGGACAUGUGGCGGUGAGGAACAUGAAGGAGUCUGAUCACGAGGAGUUCAGGGAGAGGAAGAGGACCCACGGGGGCAGAGGCCGGGGUCACGAGCCGGGAGAGAUAAAGUGGUCAGCGCCGUAUCUGGAGUGCGAACACGGGAGCUUUGCGCCGCACUGGCUGUUAACGCUCUCAGCAGGGAUUUACUCACCUGCAAAGGACGCAGCAGUUCCAGAGCUCAGAGGAAUAGUGAAAGUUGAUGUCAAUCUUCAAGAUGAAGAUAUUGACCAGUGCUCCAGCAGUGGCUGGUUUGCAGGCACUCACCGCUGUAACUUGACUACUAUGGAGUGUAAACCUGUCCCAGGCCAUGGCUUUGUUCUGGACAAGUACAAGUGCCAGUGUAAGAGAGGCUUCUACUCGCCCAGGCGAGUGGCACUCAACGGCGUCUCAAUAGAAUCAGAGCAGGGUCUCUACAGUGAUGAUUCCUCGGACUCGUCCGCUCGGUGUCUGCCGUGUCGUGAGGGCUGCUCGUUCUGUCAGGAUGAUUCUCCGUGUCUGGCUCAGGAGGACGGGGUCCUGCGGGUGGCCGUGGCUUCAUUCCAGGGCCUCUGCAUGCUGCUGGACUUCAUCAGCAUGCCGGUGGUCUACCACUUCCGCCGAAACAAGAGAAUUAGAGCUUCAGGUCUGAUCCUGCUGGAGGCCAUCCUGGCUGGAGCCAUUCUCCUCUACUUUCCUGUGAUGAUCCUGUACUUUCAGCCGAGUGUUUUCCGCUGCGUUCUGCUACGGUGGGUCCGGCUCCUGGGCUUCACUACAGUCUAUGGAACAGUAAUCCUCAAACUGUACCGGGUUCUGAAGGUGUUCCUGUCGCGUACGGCUCAGCGGAUCCCCUACAUGACCAGUUGGCGAGUGCUGCGUCUGCUGGCCGCCAUCCUGCUGGUGGUUCUCUGGUUUCUGGUGGCCUGGACCUCAGCCAUGUGCCAAAGCACAGACGUCCAUCACACCCUGGUGGAUGUGGGCGUGACUCCAGAGGGCCUGCAGUUCAACAUGUGCAUGCUGGACCGCUGGGACUACAUGAUGGCUGUUGCCGAGUUCCUGUUCCUGCUGUGGGGCGUCUAUCUGUGCUACGCCGUGCGAACCGUGCCCUCGGCCUUCCACGAGCCGCGCUACAUGGCCGUCGCCAUCUACAACGAGCUCCUCAUCUCUGCAAUAUUCCACAUCAUUAGGUUCACCCUGGCUCCUGGAUUACACCCUGACUGGAUGCUCAUGUUAUUUUUUGUCCACACACAUCUGACGGUGACGGUGACUCUCGGACUGCUGCUCAUACCCAAGUUUGUAUUUACUGAGACUCACAUGCAGGAUGACAUUGCGACAGAGGCCUACGAAGACGAGCUGGAUAUGGGUCGGUCCGGUUCUUACUUGAACAGCAGCAUAACUUCCGCCUGGAGUGAACACAGUUUGGAUCCCGAAGACAUUAGAGAGGAGCUAAAGAAGCUCUAUUCCCAGCUAGAAGUCUACAAGCGAAAAAAGAUGUUGGCCAAUAACCCUCAUCUCCAGAAAAAGCGCAGCUCCAAAAAAGGCAUUGGGCGUUCGCUCAUGAGGCGCAUCACCGAAAUACCAGAGACCAGAGUGAGUCGCCAGUACAGUCGCGAGGACAGGGACGGGAGUGAACAUGGCAGCAAUCGCAGCACCCUGCGGAGAAACCCAUUUGAGCCUUCCCACAGCGGGAAGUCCAGAGAGGACUCUCUGAAGAGCAGGAUGUUCUCCUUGAAGAGGUCCCACAGUUACGACCACUCGCACGACCAGGGGGAAAACGCAAACGGGGGUCCAGCAGAGAAGCUGGAGAACUCGACCACUGAGUCGUCUCUUCUCGACACCUUGAUGGGCAGAAAGUCUGCGAAGAAAAAUUCAGAGGUGGCGAAAGUUGAGCCAGCUGAAUCGGCAGAGUCGGUGCCGCUAGUGUGCAAGUCUGCAAGUGCACACAAUCUAGCGGCAGACAAGAAACCUGUGCAUCUUCGGACCUCGAUGCUGCAGAAGUCUCUGAGCGUCAUUGCCAGCGCCAGGGAGAGGACACUCGGGCUCGCGGGGAAGACCCACAGUGUUGAAGAUGCCAGCAAAAAAGGUCUCAAAGCUCGAGACACCAGGAUGCUCUCAGAAGUAGAUGAAUCACCGGAAUGUUUCCCGAAGAUGAUCAUCAGCCAAUCGGUCGAGUACACCAAGACCCCAAGCAAAAUGGGCAUCAUGAAGCAGCAAGUAAGCGGCAGUCAACCUUCCAUUUGCUCUGAACCAGGAAGGAGCAGGGACCUGUACGACCUUUCCGAAGUUUGCCCAUGGGAAAUGGAAGAUCUGCCCACUCCAUCAGAGGGGAAAUCUCAAAAGCAUGUCUCCAUUGCACCAAGUGAGACCAACACAAUCCACGGGACCAGCUACAAAAGUGGACGGUCUCAGCACAAACAGAAGACCUCCGUCCAGUCUCCGUCAAACCGCCGCCGCUCUAGAGACAAGGGCAGCUCAAAGGAGGAAGAGUGCGACGCUAGAAGAGAGCAUGAAGGUAGAAAACUCAAGUCACCUUUAAAACUAACCGCCCACAAAGCAGAAACAUGCCCUUGGGAAUAUGAAGAUCCAGCAGCUGCUAAAGGACUGGAACCCGAGAGGAUCAACCGCAAGAAAAGCGUCACUCCCACAGACGGAAAUCCCAAGAUCCUCCUCUCAGACCUCUCCAAGUCCACAGGAAGUCUUCUGCAGCCCCCAGCACUCAUGGUGGAGAUCUGCCCUUGGGACUAUGACCAACCUCCUUCCCCAUCCAACCAGGAGAAGACCUCAAGCCCCACUCACUACUCUAAAAGAAGGGACUCGAACGCCAAGCGGAAAGGUUCCUGCUCAUCGAGAGGCAAAGGGAAAGACAAAGACGAGGAUAAACAGAGGUCCAAAAGCAGAGAGCGAAGAAGCUCUUCGAGCAAACCUUCAGAGAAACGUCGCAUCAGCCAAACAUCAGACAGCAGCCAGGUUUCCAUGACAGGAUCUGGCAGAAGAAGAAGCUCCACUAAGGAGCUGGGGAUCACUGACAGCAGUAAGCAUGCAGAAGCUUGCCCUUGGGAAACGGAGGUCGUGCCAAGUGUCAUCUCAAAAGACAAGCAGUCAUCAUCCCGGGGCAACCACACCACUUCCCAAACCCCAACAGCAGCAUCGGCACCACCUGCUGCUACUGCAGCACCAGCGGCCAGUAAACUCAGUACGGCUGACGUGUGUCCGUGGGAUUUCGAGGACAAGUCAUUAGGGAACCGUGCAUGACACGUUUACUCACAUCCAAUUUUUUUUGGGGAAAAAGAACUGUUGAUUUUUACUCACUGUAAAAGAAAACUGUUUCAAAACUGGCUUCCUGAGACAACUAACGAUAACAUGGAACGUGGAAGUUCCAUCUGAGGAAUGCCUUACGUCAACUCUUGUUUGUUUGAUUAAGGAAUUUUUAAAGCACAAAUCACCUAAAAUCAUUUAAAAACUUAAAAAUCUCAAAUAUGUUUGUUUUUUUGUUUUUAGGAACAUGUUGCAUCCUGGGGAUUUGAAAUCACAGCCUAAUUCACUGGCUCUUUGUUUACAUGCACUUUAAGACACACAGAUGGGGAAAAUGUCCUGCUGGACGAAUGGUCGAAAAGAGUUCAGAGCAACUUGAGAUUGAGAUUUGGAAAGAGUUUUAAAAAUUGAUGGUUUUAUGUAUUUUUUAAAACACAGGAAUCUGGGCUGCUGCCUUUUUAUGUUUUUAUGAUAGGGCUGUUCAAUUCCACAAAUCUUUGAGCUGAUUAGUAAUUCUGAUUCUGAGUCAAAGUGUUGAGAAUUUAUACAUUUGGAGAAAUUGAUACAUAGGAUAGCAAGUCUGGUAAAAUGUCAAGAAAACCAAGAAUUAACUUUUUUUAUAAAAUCACAUUCUUCACUUUUUGUAAUUAAAUUCUAAAGCUCAGCCCUAAUUUAAGAUUAUCUUCUAAUCUCAAAUGUCUUCAACUCUUCAGUUCUUCAACUCAGGCCUUGAUUCCAGUUUUUCUCGUUCACCAACAGUGAUUAUUAAAUCAAGGACCACUUAAAGAACUGGAUUCAGGGUGUUUAGGCUACAUUUGCACAGCAAGAAAAAGUGCCCUAAAUUCCCUAUCUGGACAGGAUUAGUUUCUCAGGGGGUUCUGGGGAAAUUUUCUCUUUUAUGGGAUUUUUUUAUCCUCUGUGAUUUUAUUCCUGUCCAGAACGAUCAUGUACGUGUUUUUUUCAUACGUCCUCUGAGAAAAUUACAGGCUGAAUUAUCUACUGUUUUUCUCUGAACUCCGUGCUCCUCCGGUAAUUUUAGUCCCGUCCGGACGCACAUCUCUGAGUUUCGUCUCCUCUCGUUUAACAAAAUAGCUAAUACGUAAUUACACUUUCGGCAUGCGUUUCCAAGGAGAUCCACGUUAAAAACACAACAGCGAGUGGAAAUGGAGGAGCUACUGAACACCAUGAUGUCUUGUGACCAAGAAAGAUAAAAAAAACUCACUUGUUCUCCUGUUUUUUUUUAUUGCAAUUCAGAUGCAGGAGUUUAAUCACUGAGUAGAGAUGUGAAAUAUUUUUCACAGACAUCCCCCUGAGAAACUAAUCCCAUCUGGAUAGGGCUAUAGUGAAGACCCCAUUCUUUAGCUUUAUUGUUUAAUUUAUUUGUUUAACAUCACAGAUUGCACUUUUAAAUGUAAAAAAGUAUCCUGCCAAUGCAGUCAAACAAAUGUCACAAAACACUAAGAAACAAUGAGAGCUUGAUCAUUUUAAGAAUUUGUUUCCUUGGUUCAGCACUAAUCAAUCUUUACUAACCAAGAUAUUUGUUAUUGUAUUGAUCUUAGAACUGCACUGAAUUGAAGAAAUGUAAUAAUACAUUGUGCACAGUAUUCUUAUUAAUGUUUUUUGUGGAACCAGCUGCCAUAAUCUGAUAUAUAACAUUUAUUUUAACAAAGGAUUAAUUGAGUUUGAUUCACAAUCAAUCAUAAUUUUCAGUUACGCUCCAACUUGAUAGGAAAAAUGCAUGAACGAACGAAUGAAUGAAUGAAGAUACUGUAGAUGCAGAUCAGCACAAAGGUGGUUCAGUGGAAAAGCACAAGCUGCAUGGAUGAGCUAGUUGUUGCGUUUUUGUUAAUGCAGUACUGGUUGACCUUUCCCUCGGCACUCGUCUACUCCAGCGUGGUGGUGUGGUGAUUUUGCAUCAGUAUGAGCUACUGUACACUUUACACUUUACAGUGUCACGCCGCUGGGCAAUUAGUGAACUCUGUAUCAUAUUAAAUAACGCUACAGUGGCGUCUGCAUGACAGUGAACAUUAGUAGGCCUUGUCUUCUCACCGCUGACGCAGUCCCUGAUCAUCAGGACUCCUGACUCCGCUAUAUUACGAUGUUGUAAAUCAGGGGUGUCCAAACUACGGCCCACGGGCCAUUUGCGGCCCGUUUUCUUUUUUGGAGCGGCCCGCGAGGUAUUUUAGAAAUAGAAUGAAAGUUGGCCCGCUGUUAAGCAGGUUUUUAUAAUGUGAGAUUCAAAGUUUGAACGCUAGGAGUCAGAAACGGGCCAAAGAGUCUAAAAGUGGAGAGAGUGCGCUUUUCUAGCGCAGAAAAAACGGGGCAAAGAGUCUAAAAGCAGAGAGUGUGCAGUUCUAGCGCAAAAAAACGGGCCAAAGAGUCUAAAAGCAGAGAGAGUGCGCUUUUCUAGCGCAGAAAAACGGGCCAAAAAGUCUAAAAGCGGAGAGAGUGCGCAUUUCUAGCGCAGAAAAACGGGCCAAAGAGUCUAAAAGUUGCCGUAAUUAAGGAGUUUAAUAUUAAGAGACAUCAUGAAAUGAAACAUCAAUUUGAAAAAUCUUAGUUUACACAACACUGUCAAAAUAAAGAUAGUAAGUCAAGUAAAAUGGUGUGUAAAUGAAAUGUAAAAAUGAAAAUUUUUUGGAAAUGGAAAAAGUAUUAUUUAAAGUGGUUUAUUUCAUUAUAUUUUUUAUUAUAGAGUCUGUGGCCCGUGACUUCAAAUAUAUUUCUCCUUCUGGCCCCCGACAAAAAAAAGUUUGGACACCCCUGUUGUAAAUGGUUGAUGUAGUGAGCUGUUGCAUCCAGCCUAAACAUUUCUACUAUAAAUCUCAAGUGUGCUGUUCUGUGAAAGCAUGUACAUAAAAUACAGCCAAAAUGCAAUAAACAUUUCCUGUUACGAUUUUAA